AUGUUGCUCAAGCCCGCGACACCCCUCACUAUCCUACUGCUGAUCGCAUUUGCGCUCCUACUGCUGUCAUGCCUGUCAACCCCCAUUAUUAAGGGAAUUCCUUUGGCAACUUUUAAGGACGUCGAUUACGGCGUCUUUGGAUAUUGUAAAGGCAAUGCUUGCACCAAUAUUCAUGUGGGAUACACCAGCAAUGAUAUUAACAGCACCGGUGAUGACUUCAAUCUCCCCUCCAGUACCCGCAAAUCGCUCUCCUCGAUCCUCAUCAUUCAUCCAGUCGCCGCAUUCCUGACCCUCAUUUGUCUCUGUCUGGCGGCCGCGGCUCACUUCCAUAAGCCCUCCCACUCGCCGCGCUUCCUGUUGGCGCUCCUUAUCCUGCUCUUGCCAACACUGCUCGUGACUCUCUUGGCAUUCCUGGUGGAUAUUUUGCUCUUCGUACCGCAUCUAGGAUGGGGUGGCUGGAUCGUCCUAGCGGCGACCAUCAUUCUGGUCUCUUGUGGGGUGGUCACCUGUGCCAUGCGCCGGACCCUUGUGAGCCGCAAAGCAAGGAAGCGCCGUAUCGCGGAGAAUGCUGAGAUGAGCGGAGAGAACUAUUACAACCGACAGAAUGCGACUGCGCCUCCGGUGCCUGCUCCCCCCGCUUCCGAGACCAAAGAAGCCCUUGUGACUGGGUCUCCGUCCUUCGAGGCUGGUCCGACCUUUGCGACUUUCAACACGGAGCGCCGUGACAGCGAUGACGACCGCACUCCGCUCAACACCCAGACCCCCAUGAACGACAUGCCCUCACCUCCAGACCGUCGCGGAACCCCCUACGGCGCGCAAGAUGAGCUGGGCAACAUGCCAUCCCAGGGUCCCUACGGUGGCGGCCCAAUGGCGCGCAAUCCGUCCGACCCCCGGAUUCGUCCUCAAUACUCCAAUGGCAGCAUGGGCUCUCAACGGGGAGGUGCGCCGCCUGGCUUUAAUGGACGCGGACGUGGUGGAUAUCCCCCCAGGGGCGGUUAUGGACGCGGGGGACCCUACAUGGGACCCCGUGGACCUUCCCCUGGCCAACGAGGUGGCUACAUGGGACCUUCUCCUCCCCGCGGAGGUCGCGGAGGCAUGAUGCCGCCUCGGGGCCCACCCGCUGGCUAUGCCGGCGCCCCUACUAGCUUUGAUGCACAUGGCCGGUCUGUGUCACCUCCCCAGAACGAUCCGUACGGCUAUGGACCUUCACCGGGUCUGAUGCGCCAGCCAUCUCCAGGUCCAAUCGGUAUGGCCGUGUCACCGGAGACGGUUGGUCAAGCCAUUGAGAUGCAACCUCAAUCCCGGCGUUACGAUGUGCCUGAGGCUGGCCAACGCAUCAGUGGUGGUCCUCAUGCGCUGUCGGUUGAAGGCCAACAUGCUCCUCUCGAAAGUCCGACGAGCAUGUACAGUCGACCUGAGUCCUACAUCCCUCCGCGUUCGGGUUGGAAUGCCAAUGAUCGUCAGACCCUGUCCUCGCGACCAAAUGGAUCGCCUCAGCCAGCUGGUCACAUUGGUACAAACUACUACGAAGACGUGGAUCCGCGUUUCGCUCGUCGACCAUCGCCUCAGAACGAUGCCCCGGUUCCUUCAUCUUUAAUGCCCGGAGGUCCUCACUGUAAAUACCCAUAG